AUGGGUAAAAUCCUGUCGAAAAUUUUUGGCAAAAAGGAGCUGAGGAUACUGAUGCUCGGAUUGGAUGCUGCUGGCAAAACAAGUGAGUUUUUUGUUGUUUUUUUUUUAAAUUUCAUAACAUUGAUGAUUCAGCAAUUUUGUACAAGUUAAAAUUGGGGCAAAGUGUGACAACAAUUCCAACAGUUGGAUUCAAUGUUGAAACGGUGACAUAUAAAAAUAUCAAAUUCAAUGUUUGGGACGUCGGAGGCCAGGAUAAAAUUCGUCCACUUUGGCGUCAUUAUUAUACCGGUACACAAGCACUUAUUUUUGUUAUGGAUGCAGCAGAUCGAGAUCGAGUUGAUGAAGCUCGUAUGGAAUUACACCGAAUUAUUAAUGAUCGAGAAAUGAAGGAUGCUAUUAUACUUGUUUUCGCAAAUAAACAAGAUUUAGCUGAUGGUGAGUGAGAGGAGGAGGUGUGGGAAUUUUUUUCUUCAAAAAUUGUGUUUGCAGCCAUGAAACCACACGAGAUUCAAGAUAAACUAGGAUUGACAAGAAUUAGAGAUAGAAAUUGGUAUGUGCAACCAUCGUGCGCAGCAACUGGCGACGGUUUACACGAAGGUUUAACAUGGCUCAGUCAAAAUUGCAAGCCAUAA